CUGGGUGCCUAUCAAGGGCGCAGGCAGCCAAGCCAGGAAGGUGAGCCCUGUUCACACCUCAGCCAGGCUGCGGUGGCUGGGACUGGUUUGGGAAGGCAGGGCCCCAGGGCACAAGGGCCCUGAGCCGGCAGCCGCCGCCUCCCACUGUAUGUGGGGCAGCUGAGAGCAUCUCAGAGCCUCCCUCCGCUGCCGACCCUGCAGGGACCCUGCCCUUGCCCCCAGCACCAUGAAGCUGCAGGUGUUCUGGACUGGGCUGGAAUACACCUGCCGGCUCCUGGGCAUCACCACCGCUGCAGUGCUGAUCGGCGUGGGCUCCGAGACCUUCCUCCUGGGGCACUUCAAAAGCCUGGCUUUCUACCUGCUGUUCACAGGAGCCACUGUCGCCGUGUUUGAAGGGGCCUACUUCGCGGCUCAGCUGCUGGCCAUCUGCUUCCACUGUCAGCCAGGGUCCCUGGCCUACAGAGCACGGCAGAGGGCCCGCUGGCUGGGCUGCUUCCAGAAGUUCCUGGCCUACCUGCUGCUGUCCGUGGCCUGCUUCCUACACCCUGUCCUGGUCUGGCACGUGACCAUCCCAGGCUCCAUGCUCAUCGUCACCGGCCUGGCCUACUUCCUGCUGAGCAAGCGGAAGAAGAGCAGAGCGGCCCCUGAAGCGCCGGCCCCGCAGGAGAGGUACACAGACCCCUCCGCCAGCGCCAGGAGCACCACCGGCUCAGGGGACACCGAGCAAACCUACACCUUCCCCGGAGCCCUCAAGGAGGGGCCCAGCUCCCUCCUCGUCCACAUGAAGUGCAUCCUAAAGGGGGCCAGGAAGCCCAGCGCCCUCCAGCGCCCAGAGGCCCUGGCCGAGCUGACUCUGGAGCCCGCGGACUCUGUGGCCACGAAGAAGCAGGUGCACUUUGAGGACAGUGCGGUCAGGAUCAUCCCUGCACUCACCGAAGGCCUGGACGACGAGGACAGCGAGCCAGAGGAGAGCGCCUCCGACACCACCCCCAUCAUCCCUCCCCACCAGGCUCCGCUCUUCCUAGCCUCUCUCUCGGGCACCAGCCUCUACUGAGCUGCUUGCUCAGUAAGGGUCGAGCAACGCCCGGCCUGGAGUUCCGGAGCCCGGGGUCUGCGGAGGUCAGCUCCUCUAGGGGUGACCAGACAUCCUCCACUGGGCCUCGGGACAUCGAGUGGCAUGCUGGUCCGGAGCUGAAUAGUAGGGGACGUGGGUAUGGGAGGUGGGACGCGUGCCCAGUUCCUUACAGGAGCGCAGAUGAAGCCCACGCUGCCUCAAGCCAGCCGGGGUUCCUCCUCCCG